AUGACUUCGAUCGAAAUUGAAGCUUCCGACGUUGUUAGAUUAGUCGAGCAGUAUCUUAAAGAGAACAAUCUAAUGCGAACUUUGGCUGUAUUACAGGAGGAAACAAAUAUUACGUUGAAUACAGUUGACAGUAUUGAUUCAUUUGUAAGUGAUAUUCAGAAUGGCCAUUGGGAUACUGUUCUUAAAGUGAUCCAGCCUUUGAAACUGCCUGCGAAAAAAUUGAUCGAUCUCUAUGAACAAAUUGUGAUCGAGUUAACUGAACUUCGUGAGCUUGGUUCAGCUCGUCUUUUAUUGCGUCAAACCGAUCCUAUGCAAUUAUUGAAAAGUACAGAACCCGAAAGAUAUGCGAGACUAGAUAAUCUGCUUGCACGUUCAUAUUUUGAUCCACGUGAAGUAUAUCCUGAAGGUAGCUCCAAAGAGAAGCGACGAGCUGCUAUUGCACAGUCAUUGUCCGCUGAAGUAAAUGUUGUACCGCCGUCAAGAUUGCUUGCUCUUUUGGCUCAUGCUUUAAAAUGGCAACAGCACCAGGGACUGUUACCUCCUGGCACUCAAAUUGAUUUGUUUCGUGGUAAGGCUGCAAUACGAGAGCAAGAAGAAGAACGAUAUCCUACUCAAAUGGCUCGCAUGAUUAAAUUUGGCAAGUCUAGUUAUCCUCACUGUGCUCAGUUUUCGCCUGAUGGUCAGUACUUAGUCACGGGUUCUAUAGAUGGCUUCAUCGAGGUUUGGAAUUAUAUGAACGGCAAACUUCGAAAAGAUUUAAAGUAUCAAGCUCAAGAUAAUUUUAUGAUGAUGGAUGGUUCAGUUUCUUCAUUAUGCUUUAGUCGUGAUUCAGAAAUGUUGGCCUCUGGAAAUAUGAGUGGUAAACUAAAGAUUUGGAAAAUACAAACUGGGCAGUGCUUAAGGAGAAUCGAGAAAGCACAUUCUAUGGGAAUUACUUCGAUUCAAUUUUCGAGAGAUAACGCACAUAUCCUAUCUAGUUCGCUUGAUUGCACUAUAAAAGUGCACGGUUUGAAGAGUGGCAAAUGCUUAAAAGAAUUCAGAGGUCAUACGAAUUAUGUUAAUGAUGCCAGAUAUACCGAAGAUGGUCAUAUGGUUAUAUCAGCUUCCAGUGAUGGAACUGUUCGAGUUUGGAAUACGAAAACUUGUGAAUGCGUUAAUACUGUUCGCAUCGCAGGCGAUAUCGCUGUUAAUAGUGUCCAUCCAAUUCCGAAGUCAGAAAAUCAAAUUGUAGUUUGUAAUCGUUCAAAUACGGUGGCUGUAAUAAAUAUCCGUGGGCAGAUUGUGAAAACGUUGACUUCUGGAAAGCGUGAGAAUGGAAAUUUCGUGGCUUGUAUUCUUUCACCACGUGGAGAAUGGAUUAAUUGCAUUGCUGAAGAUAAUGUUAUGUAUUGUUUUUCAUUGACAUCCAGCAAUCUUGAAAGUACACUACCGGUACAUGCUGAGCGAGUCAAUGGUUUAUGCCAACACCCGCAUCAAAAUUUAAUCGCUUCAUAUGCCGAGGACAGUUUGCUAAAAUUGUGGAAGCCAUGA